AUGAGUGAAGGGGGCUCACCUUCUGAAGCUGAGCGCUCUAAGUGCCCAAUUAUCAGAUCAUGGCUGGAUAUUCCAGAUGUUGCUGCUCGCGCAGCGCUUGGGAAACUCGCUGAUGUGGGGAAGGAUGGGCUGACCCGUGAAUGUGUGUCAGCAAACGCUGACAUCUUGGAGCCAUUGAUUCAAGAAUUUGGCACCCGUCCGAGUAUCAACCAGGUGAUGGAUGUGGUGGGUCGAUUCUUGUUUCUUUGCCGCCCUCGCGGCAGAAAGCUCCCAUGCAGCAGUGCUAUCAAAACGGAGGCUUGGAUUCUGAGACGUUUGGUGAGUCUCUUCGGUCAGGUUACUAGGAGGCCACAUGUUCCCCGUGAUCCACGUUUGCGACAGCUGUUCAAGAUCGUUGGCAUUGAUUUCGAGUCCGAGUCUGGAAUCUUGGAUAACAUUGUUCACCCAGUUGAUAACGAAAUGAAUUCCAGUUUGGCAUUCAGGGAUACUAAAACGCAUAUUCAAAACAAGUGA